UGAAGGUGAAUGUCCUCUCGUGUCUGUCAGCAUUUGCUGUCAAUGGCUUUCAUGAUUUAUUUUAUUUGAAUGUCUGGGCUUUUUACACUUUCGUCCAAAGAAACCAAUAAUGGAUAUUCUAUGGAUUUUAUGGAUAAUGCCCACUGUAAUAGCUGUAGAAGUUAAUCGGCUGUAGUCCAAUUACUCAGGACUGCCUGGGCCGGAGGGGGUACUUUUCUGCACAGACUUGGCCCUGAAACACUAAUGGACUCUACCACAGCGACAGCUGAGCUGGGCUGGACAGUCUAUCCCGUGUCAGGUUCCAGUGACAACAGCUGGGAGGAGGUGAGUGGAUACGACGAGAACAUGAACACCAUUCGCACCUACCAGGUGUGUAACGUGUUCGACAACAACCAGAACAACUGGGUCCGCACCAAGUACAUCCGGCGCCGGGGUGCACAGCGCAUCCACGUGGAGAUGAAGUUCUCCGUGCGAGACUGCAGCUCCAUCCCCAACGUGCCCGGCUCCUGUAAAGAGACUUUUAACCUGUACUACUAUGAGUCAGACUCGGACACGGCCAACAAGGUGUCCCCGGCCUGGAUGGAGAACCCCUGGAUCAAGGUGGAUACCAUCGCAGCCGACGAGAGUUUCUCCCAGGUGGACCUGGGUGGCCGGGUGAUGAAGAUCAACACAGAGGUACGGAGCUUUGGCCCCGUGUCCAAACACGGCUUUUAUCUGGCCUUCCAGGACUACGGCGGCUGCAUGUCACUCAUCGCCGUGCGAGUCUUCUACCGGAAGUGUGCCCGCGUCAUCCAGAACGGGGCCGUGUUCCAGGAAACCUUGUCGGGGGCGGAGAGCACAUCUCUAGUGGCAUCGCGUGGCGUGUGUAUCCCCAACGGGGAGGAGGUGGACGUGCCCAUCAAGCUCUACUGCAACGGGGAUGGCGAGUGGAUGGUCCCUAUCGGGCGCUGCAUGUGCAAGGCUGGCCACGAGGCUGUGGAGAACGGGACUGUGUGUAGAGCUUGUCCAUCGGCCUUCUUCAAGCCUAUACAGGGUGAUGCAUCCUGCAUGCAGUGUCCAAUCAACAGCCGUACCACCAAUGAAGGAGCCACUAACUGUGUGUGCCGCAACGGUUACUAUCGCACCGACUCAGAUCCCAUCCAGAUGCCCUGCACAACGGUGCCGUCUGCUCCUCAGAAUGUUCUGUCCAUCGUGAAUGAGACGUCUCUGAUGCUGGAGUGGCAGCAUCCUAGGGAGUCAGGUGGUCGUGAGGACGUGGUCUUCAACAUCAUCUGUAAGAGCUGUGGAGGGGGCCGGGGAGGCUGCACGCGCUGUGGCGACAACGUCCAGUUUGUACCCCGCCAGCUGGGUCUGACUGAGCCCCGGGUCUACAUCAGUGACCUGCUGGCCCACACACAGUACACCUUUGAGGUGCAGGCCGUCAACGGUGUCUCUGACCAGAGCCCCUACUCACCACAGUACUCCUCCGUCAACAUCACAACCAACCAGGCUGCUCCGUCGACAGUGUCCAUCAUGCACCAGGUCAGUCGUACCGUGGACAGCAUCACUCUGUCCUGGUCUCAACCAGACCAGCCCAAUGGAGUCAUUCUGGACUAUGAACUGCAGUACUACGAGAAGGACCAGACCGAGUACAACUCAACCAUCAUAAAGAGCCAGACCAACACAGUGGUCAUCCGCGGUCUCAAAUCAGGCGCGAUCUAUGUGUUCCUGGUUCGCGCCCGGACCGUGGCCGGAUUUGGGCGCUACAGUGGCAAGCUCUACUUCCAAACCAUGACUGAAGAGGAGUACAACACCAGCAUUCAGGAGAAGCUGCCUCUCAUCAUCGGCUCUGCAGCUGCAGGUCUGGUCUUCCUCAUCGCAGUGGUUGUCAUCGUCAUCGUCUGCAACCGGAGGCGUGGCUUUGAGAGGGCAGACUCAGAGUACACAGACAAGCUGCAGCACUACACCAGCGGCCACAUGACUCCAGGAAUGAAGAUAUAUAUUGAUCCGUUUACAUAUGAGGACCCCAACGAGGCGGUGAGGGAGUUUGCUAAGGAGAUUGACACUUCCUGUGUGAAGAUUGAGCAAGUCAUUGGCGCAGGAGAGUUCGGGGAGGUGUGCAGUGGGAACCUGAGGCUCCCAGGCAAGAGGGAGAUGUUUGUGGCCAUCAAGACGCUGAAGUCGGGCUACACAGAGAAGCAGAGGCGGGACUUCCUGUCUGAGGCGUCCAUCAUGGGUCAGUUUGACCACCCCAACGUGAUCCACCUGGAGGGUGUGGUCACCAAGAGCGCCCCUGUCAUGAUCAUCACUGAGUUCAUGGAGAACGGAUCACUGGACUCCUUCCUCAGACAAAACGACGGUCAGUUCACAGUGAUCCAGUUGGUGGGCAUGCUGCGUGGCAUCGCCUCUGGCAUGAAGUACCUGGCCGACAUGAACUACGUCCACCGCGACCUGGCCGCACGCAACAUCCUGGUCAACAGCAACCUGGUCUGCAAGGUGUCCGACUUCGGCCUGUCCCGAUUCCUGGAGGACGACACGUCAGAUCCCACCUACACCAGUGCCCUGGGAGGGAAGAUCCCUAUCCGAUGGACAGCCCCUGAAGCCAUCCAGUACAGGAAGUUCACGUCCGCCAGUGAUGUCUGGAGCUACGGUAUCGUCAUGUGGGAAGUCAUGUCCUAUGGAGAGAGACCUUACUGGGACAUGACCAAUCAAGACGUGAUCAAUGCCAUAGAGCAGGACUACCGGCUGCCCCCUCCCAUGGACUGCCCCUCGGCCCUGCACCAGCUCAUGCUUGACUGCUGGCAGAAGGACCGUAACAACCGGCCCAAGUUCAGCCAAAUUGUCAACAACCUGGACAAGAUGAUCCGCAACCCCAACAGUCUGAAGGCCAUGACCCCGCUGUCUUCAGGUGUCCAUCUUCCUCUCCUGGACCGCAGUGUUCCAGACUUCUCCAGCUUCAGUACAGUGGACGAGUGGCUGGAUGCCAUCAAGAUGGGCCAGUACAAAGACAACUUUGCCAAUGCUGACUUCGCCAGCUUUGAUGUGGUUUCCCAGAUGACCAUGGAUGACAUCCUGAGCGUGGGCGUGACGUUAGCAGGCCACCAGAAGAAGAUCCUGAACAGUGUGCAGAUGAUGCGUGCCUCCAUUAACCAGAUCCAGUCUGUGGAAGUUUGACCAUCCAGAAUGGAGCAGAAGAGAGGAGAGCAGAAGAGAGGAGAGCAGAAGAGAGGACAGCAGAAGAGAGGACAGCAGAAGAGAGGACAGCAGAAGAGAGGACAGCAGAGGAGAGGAGCAGAGAAGAGGGGAUUGGGAUGCAGGCUCUGGGUUCACGGAUGGAGUGGAGGUGUUUUUGCUUGACUGUGAACCUUGUCUUCCCACCAAACAACCAUCCAUCCACGGUCCCCUUUUUCAAUCCCUCUCCUGUCCUCCUCUAUCCCCUCAUCCAAAGUCCCCAUAACCUUUCAGGAUCAGCUCUGGAGGUUUGUGGCCAGCAGGUCUACAUGACCAGACAUCAAUCAAUGUGGCCAACAAGGUUCCUUCUUGGAACCAGGAUCAUGAGAGGUUACUGACCAGCGACACAUUUCUACUUCCAUCUUCCACCUCGUUUUUUUUUUACGGUGAACUUUUUUCUUACAUUUUUUGGUUUGUUUGAUUUAAGAAUUUUGUAAAGAAUUUUGUAAAGAAAAAAAGUUGAGGAAACUCAAGGUGUCUAUAAGUAUAGAUGUAAACUAGGUGAACUGACUAGAAAGACUACCCUUUAAAAGGGCAACAGACAAGAAGACAAUGAAAAAUGGGAGAUUUCAAGACCAUCACUUUCAAAAAGAAACUGAAAUAUUAUAUGUUGUUUUUUUAAACUUGGGAAACAGGAAAGAAACAUAAAUCUUUGCUGCCUCCCCAAAAGCAAACAGCAGAAUAGACUGAGGAACUUGAUCUACACUCCUAUGGUUGACUUGGGAGACAAAAUAGUGUGAGCACCAUGGAAUGGACAUCUUUGGGCAGAAACUACUACCAUGAACAAAUUCAAGAAAUUCAGUUAUCUACCAAUUUAAAGCAACACUUAAAAAAUAAAAACAAAAUACCUUUUCUCAUAACAAGUAAUUUCAUUUUUCUGUGUGAAAAUGUUGAAGAUUUUCUCUCACCAUGCUUCCUCUCACCGUGGGAAAGUUUAUAUUUUUUCAAUGAAAACAUCACAACCUGCCAAAUGGAACAUCCUCCCUGUGUACCUCAGAUGAUGUCAUGGUCCUGUACAUAUCAGAUGCACUUGACAAUGGGACUGUGAUGUCAUCACUAUGAGCCAGACAUAGUUACUAAGACCUGGAAGUGAUGGAUUUAAAUUGUUUCUUUGGGUGACUAGAGGGAGGUUUUUCUUUGUUGUUAUUAUUCAUUUCAUUUUCAUUUUUUCAAAAUGUUAGUUGUGGAUUUUGAAGAAUCAGUGUAAUAAACAGCAAACAUACAGUA